UUCAUAUCACGAUGUGUUAGUACAGUUGAUAAAAAGUUGAUAAAAUAUAAAGAAAGGUUAUAAUGUAAUCAUAUAAUUUAGCAUUAUCGUACUGAUAACCGAAUUAUCAUAAUGUACAUAUAAGAUUUCGUACCGGUUAUUUCUAAAACUAUUACAAGACCAGUGAAAUAGACUGGUAAACGUAGAAGGUUCAGUGCGGUCACCUUAUCUGGAUUUAUCUCCAGGGUUCAUUUAGUAGUCACUGUAUGUAUGUGCAUGUUACAAAUAGCCGGUAACUGAAAUUAAAUAUAACAAGAAUAACAAUAGACGUGAAGUAAUAUGAGACUCAUUGUCAAUUACGGUCAUGCCACAGUGUUUAUUUUUGUUUUACUAACUGUGCAAAGUGCGAAGGGUAUCAACAAUCUUCAAGUAGUCUACCAAUGGAAGCUUCUUGAGUACGCCUGGCCAAAUGAAGAUACGCAACUACUAUUUUCGCACUAUGUUCAAGCGAACAAUAAUCCUCUGGGACUCGAAGUUGCGGGUGAUCGACUUUUCAUCACUAUACCGCGAUGGAAAUCGGGUGUUGUAGCCACCCUGAACUACGUUUACUUGAACGAUACCAGCGAGUCACCUUUGCUCAAUCCGUAUCCCUCUUGGGCGGCUCAUGAGUACGGUAACAACAGCGUACCGGAAAUUGUCUCGACCUUUCGCGUCUGGGCAGACAAAUGUGAUCGUCUUUGGGUCCUCGAUAUGGGCGUUGAAGACCUCACCGGGACUCGGGAGCAACUGGUUACGCCAUCCUUGAUCAUCUACGAUCUGACGACCGAUCAGCUCCUACGCAAUUACGCGAUCCCUUCGGAUCAAUAUCCGGAAAAAUCGCACUUUGGAAAUGUCGUCGUCGAGGAUGCCGCCUGUAACGAUUCCUUCGCCUACCUUGCCGAACUUCAAGGUCCGGGAAUCAUAGUUUACUCGUGGGCCAGUAACAAUUCCUGGCUCGUUGAACACCACUACUUCCACCCUGAUCCACUGGCUGGAAAUUUCAACGUCUCCGGACUUUCUUUCCAAUGGUGGGACGGUGUUGUAAAUCUUGCCUUGGCCCCCGAAGAAGAUGGAUACAGCACUUUGUACUUCCAUCCGCUCUGCAGCAAUGCUGAGUUCUCCGUCAGUACUGAGCUGCUUCGAGAUUCCGUACUUGCAACAUCGUCAGAUAGUUUUCACAAUUUUACGGUGGUGGGUACCAGAGGUAUCAAUGGCCAGGGUGCAGCCAGCUACCUAGAUCAAACGACUGGAAUCCUCUUCCACGCCCUUUCGAUCGCAAAUGCCAUUUCAUGCUGGAAUCCUGGGACCAGUUACAGUCCCACGAAUGUGGCCCGCGUUUACGCGGAUAACACGACUUUAGUUUUCCCCGCUGACAUUAAGAUCGAUAAUCAUAGUAACAUUUGGGUGCUUUCGGACCGGCUCCCAACCUUCAUGUACGAUCAGCUGGACCCUGAUCAAUACAACUUUAGAGUUUUAUCCGGGUCUGUGGAGGAGGCCAUAGAAGGAACCGUCUGUUCUCGUGGAGCCACACACUCGGGUGUAAUUCAGGGUCUGGUUUCACAUCUGAUUGUUGUUAUCCUCGUCUGGACUUGUGGCACAGUCUGAUCAUUCCUGCAUUCCAGGGAAUGUUGUGUAGUCAUUAAACGUACAUGAGUGCUAUUUUACCUGAAGAAUCAAUCUGUUUGACUAUUCAUGCGCUAUCGGGAUAACUAUAAUAUUUGCAGAUCGAGUGUAACGACGGCAGUUUCGUGAAAAGGAAAAGUUAUUGUAACGUAUUUUAUGCACUAUUUGAGAGUAUUUUUAACAGUAUAUUUAUUUGAUUAUAAAUGGAUUAGGAAAAUGAGAAUAACAUUUUUAUUUAUCUAACAAAUUACUUUACACAGGCAUUUCAUUAUAAGGAAUAGUUUCUCAAAAGCAGUACGUUUGUUCAUAUGGAUAUGAAUCAUUAAAUGUUGAAGAGUGCUUCAAUGGACAUACACGUAUCCAUUCUUCUCUGGAUUUUACCUGAGCAAUACACGAGUUUAAUAGAAAUACUUGACGGCAUAAUAAUCCACGUAUUUCGUAUCUACAUUGCUCCGUGCUAAAUUCUUUGUUUGUCACAUUUCAAAACCCUUGGUUGCUCACCGAAUGUUUCACAUGUGUAUCCUAACUGAAUUGUGAUAACUAAAAACCUCUGCCCCGGCGUAUGUCCAAGCAUAUACACGUGUACAUUUACAAAAGAGUGAAUGCAGAACCGUUAUUCUCUUAUCUAGAGAGACAGGUGAACGGUGCUCUGUCACGCCUAUCUACCUAUUCUAUCCAUUCGUGUGAGUAGUAGCGAUCAGAAGC